AUGGCUCUUGAAGCCGCUCGCCCGCAUAAUGUCAGAACCAAGCUGAACUAUUACCAUGACCCUGGCGAUGGAUCUCCGCCGGUUCCUGUUCUUGUUGGGGGAAACAAGGUUACCAAUGAAAGGCCCACCGUACCUUUCGAUGUGCAGGUUAUUGACGUUUCUGGCAACGAGGAUCGUUACAGCCUCAAUAGCCAUGGGUUUCAGUACCUCAAGCACGAGAGCCAGGAAAAGGACUUCACAGAUGUGGCGGCACUGAAAGGUGCAUACUACGCCGAGAUGGAACAGCUCUACAAAGACGUCACCGGGGCCACCCGCGUCCACAUUUUUGGGCACCAAGUACGCCGUGGCCCGUCCAAUUGGCACUCUCUCGGUGAAGGCAACGCCGCAAAGAAAGGGCCUCUGCAUCGCGUCCACGUUGACCAGUCCACAGACGGCGCAGAGCUGGUCCUCCGCAAACACAUGCCCGCUGCCGAGGCCGACGAGCUGUUGCGGCGCCGCUAUCAAAUCGUGAACGUGUGGAGGCCCAUCAGGACGGUGUUCAAGGACCCGCUGGCUGUGGCGGAAGCGCAUUCGGUGGCUGAUGAGGACCUCGUUGCGGCGCAGGUGCUGUACCAGGACGGAUCUCGAAACGAGACGUGGGCCGUGCUGCCGUCAGCGAGGCACCAGUGGUACUUCAAGUGCGGAAUGACGCCGGACGACGUGCUGCUGAUCAAGUGUUUCGACUCGAAUGUUGAUGAUGGGUUGGCUAGGAGGGUGCCACAUUGCGCAUUCGAGGAUCCGGGAGAGUUGGAGAGGGAGGACAGACAGAGUGUCGAGGUGAGAGCGCUGUUGUUUUACUGA